UACAAUUACAUCCAAUGUAAGGGAUAUGUAUUCCCGCAGCAUUUCGUUUUAAAACCGUUGCGUUGCUUUUAUUUGUCUGCAUCAGUCAAAUGCCAGUGCCCGGAACGCACGAAUGUGAGCCAAAAAAAGAAUAAGUGCCAUAGAUAAGAAAGUGUAUUAUGAAAAAAAUGUGCGAAGUACAGAUAAAAAAAAUAUGGAUUGUUUUCUUGCUGUUAGGUAUUCUUUCAAGAACAGAAGCAGCGUGGUUGCGGUGUUACAAAGAGUCACUUACAGAAUAUCUGGUUACUCCGUUAGAUAAUCCUUUACCAAUAGCCCAAUCCUCAUGCCUGGACCGAACUCGACCAACCGUCGUCUACACCUUUGGGUACAAUGGCAGGGUUAACGGCCCAGCCACUACAGCAGUCCUAACAGCUUACAUAGCGAAGAGGAAGAGAAAUGUUAUUCUUCUGGACUGGGAAGAAGAAGCUAAGAGUGGUCUACUGGGCUUGGAACUUGGAUAUGCAGUGUCAGCUGCUCCCAACGCUAAAAAGAUUGGAUACGGUCUCGGUAAAGCACUACUUACACUGUCAGACGCUGGAAUCAAUUUGAAUAGUAUCCAUUUAAUGGGUCAUUCCCUCGGGGCCCAUCUGAUGGGAUACGCCGGUACGUGGUUGAGAGAGAGGGGGAGAGUUGUUAGCAGAAUAACGGGUCUCGACCCCGCCCGUGCGUUGUUCGAGGGCAAGUUCGCUUUCUUCAAGCAGUUGGACCGUACUUGUGCAUUAUUUGUUGACAUUAUACACACGGACCCUGGUAACUACGGCAGUAAUAAGUCAACCGGCUCUGUAGACAUAUGGCCUAAUUACUAUGGCCCCAAAUCAAAGCAGCCAGGCUGUCCAAGAACACCUCAAGUAACGUUUAGCCGUGCAGAUCUUUGUGACCACGACCGUUCCUGGCAGUACUUUAUAGAGGCCAUGCUGUCAGGUACCAACAUCUCCGCUAUAUACGCCGAUAAUUAUCGUGACUGGAUGAAGGAUUAUUCUCGAAGCAAUUUCACUAUAUACAUGGGUGAUCUGAUUAACACCAGAGCACGCGGCAACUUUUUCUGUUCAACAAACUCUCAUCCACCUUUUGGUAAAGGUAGCGAAGGAUUGAAGCCAGACUAUGUUAUUAUUAGCUAGGAGUAAUGAACUACUGAGUUUAUGUUGUGUAAUUAGUUCUCUAGAUAAUUAAAGAAUAAUUAUCAAAGAUUUCUUUAAAGUGUAACGAGUGCUGGUACAUAUUUUAGAAAUAUUAUAGCUAAAAUAAAUAGAAGUAGGUUCAACCUUUUCUAAAAAAAUACCAAAUAGUUAAACAUAAUGCGCAAUCCGACUCGAAGGACCAACAUUAAAAUCAUGUAAAAUAUAAUAUCAUGAGUACUAUAUGACUUUAAAUAUGAAUGCCAAAGUUGUAAUCAUAUACUACAAUAAUCUUUUUAUAAAGUUGCGCAAGAGCAUUGUCGAAUUUGACGAUACGAAGUUUGAAUUUAAAUAUUUCAUUAGUACGGGUAUAAAUGUUUUCAAAUGUCUUGGCGGCUCUUAACUUUCGGAUUCGCUGCUUAGAACACUAUUUAGGUGAAGAAAGAUUCGGGGGUAGGGUUCUGCGCAGCGCGCUAUGACCUUGGCCAGCCAGGAUAUUUGGAAAGAGAAAGAAUAAUUUUAUUGUAAAGAAACGAUAUAUGUUAUGUAAGUAUAAUUAAAAUGUGAAGCUUGUUUAAGAAA